AGCGGCCGCAGCAGUGACGACUGUGGCGGAGAAGGCCCGGAGGGGCUCUGCGUUCUGGAGUGGCGCUGCUUGAGCCGGUAGCUGAGUGAGGGCAACUGGUGUCGUAAUUGAGGAGAGCUGCGAGUGUGUUCGGCAUAUCCCGGUCGGGAUCCCAGCCACGAUGAGUGCUGCCCGGGAGUCUCACCCACACGGGGUGAAGCGUUCAGCCUCCCCCGACGACGAUCUUGGAUCUAGCAAUUGGGAAGCAGCGGACUUGGGCAAUGAAGAGAGAAAACAAAAGUUCUUGAGACUUAUGGGUGCAGGAAAGAAAGAACACACUGGUCGUCUUGUUAUAGGAGAUCACAAAUCAACAUCUCACUUCCGAACAGGGGAAGAAGACAAGAAAAUUAAUGAAGAACUGGAGUCUCAGUACCAGCAGAGCAUGGACAGUAAACUCUCAGGCCGGUACCGACGGCACUGUGGACUUGGCUUCAGCGAGGUAGAAGAUCAUGAUGGGGAAGGUGAUGUGGCUGGAGAUGACGAUGACGACGACUCACCUGAUGCUGAGAGUCCAGAUGACUCGGACAGUGAUUCUGAGUCUGAGAAGGAGGAGUCUGCAGAAGAACUCCACGCUGCUGAGCAUCCUGAUGAUGCAGAAGACCCGAAGAGCAAAAAAGAUGCGAAGAGCAAUUAUAAGAUGAUGUUUGUCAAGUCCAGCGGCUCAUAACUAUUAAACAUUUAGUCUUUGUAUUAAAAGUAAGCCUUAUUGUUAUAAUGCACAGUGGAGGACUGCUUAUAGAGCACAGACCUUUGUAUUAUAAUUUUUAAAAAGGCCCUUUUAAAUAACUACAAAGAGUGUUUGCUUUCAAAUGCCAUGGGUUACACUUUUCCAGGCAUGACUAUAACCAUUUUUGUAAAGAGUCAGAGUUGUAUAAAAUGAGAAAUAAAUACUGUACUCAGCUUCCUUCCGUAUUAGCAUCGUCAACCCUCUCACCACCUUCUCACCCCUGCAGGUGCAUUAUGGGGGACACUUACUUUGUUUGUGGUGGCUCUUUCAUCUUUGUGUUUGAGGUUUGUUCCUAUUUUUCUCUUUUGUAAUUCAUGUGAUACUGUGACGUGUUCAUGAGAAGUGUUCCCUUGAUUACUCUUUGUUAAAGUAGACCUGUCCAUCAUGGAUAUUCUUGCCGCCGGCCACACUACCACGCUGCAGUCCAUUGUUGACAGGCCUUGCUUGUUAAGUCUCCACUCUCAGACCAGAGCAGCACAGGAGCCAGCACAGGACACUGGUGGGUGGAGGUGCAGCCGUCAUAUCAUUCAGAAGGUGACAAACCCAAAAUGUCUUUAUAUGAUUUGAUUUCAGUGUGUGGUAAAGUUUUGAUAAAGUCUGGCCAGUUUUUACAGAAGAAAUUAUUUCUCUGCUCCUUUAGUCCUGUGUAUUUAGAAAUAUGUAAAACUGGAUUUUUUUUUUUAAGGUACUGUGUGACCAAAGUUCAUUUUUUUUUUCUCCUAAGGUCUAAAUAAAGAGAAAGCAGUUUCCCAUA